AUGAAACAAUGUUUGGAUGAUUUCUGUCAGUUGUCUGGUCAGCGAGUUAGCUUUGAAAAGUCUAUGAUAUGUGUCUCCCCAAAUACAUGCUCUGAGUUGGCUAAUUCAAUUGCUGCGAUUAGUGGUUCUCAUCUCACUACUAGCCUUGGUAAGUACCUUGGUGUCCCUCUUAUUCAUACUAGAGUUACUAAACAAACGUAUCAAGAAGUUAUUGCUAAAGUUCAGAAGAGAUUAGGUUCUUGGAAGAGCCAUACGUUAUCUAUGGUUGGUAGAAUUACUUUGCUUCAAUAUGUUACUACUACAAUUCCUAUCUAUACUAAGCAAACUGCCAAGUUGCCUAUGUCUGUCUGUGAUAAAUUGGACCAGCUCAAUAGAAAUUUUCUUUGGGGGCAUACCAGUAACACAUCUAAAAUUCAUCUUGUCAAUUGGGAGCAGGUGUGUAAUGUUAUGUUUUCCUAUUUAGAUCGGUGCACUAGAUACUAA